UAUUUUUUGGGGAACAGAGGUAGUAUUUACCAUGUUUUUGAAUUUUGUGUUCAUCAAGUCGAAUUCAUUAGUACCGACUUUGAUCCUAUUUAUAAAUGCAUAUAUUAUUGAACAUAAUGUUUAAUAGGAUUAGAGGAACAAAUGAAAGGGAGAUAGUGAGGCGUGUGGAGUGGGGACGAGUUCAAUGCAGUAGAGAUUUGGAGAAGCAGCAGACAAAGGGAGGAUGGAAAGAGUCAUUCAAGCAAUAAUUCCCGCAUUCUUCGAUCCUUCCUUUCCUCCCACUCCCAUUUGUCACCUUUUCACAUACCAAAAAUACUUCUAAAUUAUUGCAUUUUUUUCCCCUCCUUUAUAUAUUUUUUCCUCUUAUUAUUAGUUUAAUCGCCUAUCCUGUUGAAAAAUGGACCCUUUUUGAAAAUCAAUAUUAAAUGUAACAGACAUAUAUAUCGUGACAUUCCAUUUCCUUUUCUAUUGGCCAGAAGGAAUGAAGGAAAUAAGGAAAGAAGAAGACGACCUGUUGGUUCAAUCUUCAAAUUGGCUACCACUCGUUUAUCUCUCCCCGAGAUGGAUCUUUUUUUGAAUUUCUCCAUUUUUGGUUGAUCAAUACCAUCUGGGAUUGUUUCCCCCUUCCCCACCAAAUUAUCAUUUCUUUCUCUCUUGAUUCUUCUUCCCCCAAAUUUCUUCCAUAGGAGAAGAAAACUCUGUUUUUUUUUUUUUUCUCGCACAGAUCAUCAUCAACUGCUAUUUUGCAAUAAUGGUAGCUGGCGGUAGUUUUUCGCUGUUUGAUCGAGUUAGGAUUAUUGGGUCCUCCUUCUCCUCUGUUUUUUUUUUUUUUUUUGUAAUUGCAGAUUACCUUCAUUGAUGAAUUUCAUUGCUUUCUAGUUUACCUUUUUCGGUUUCGUUUUUGUGUUUCUUAAACUCUACGAUUCUUUUUUAUUCCAUUUUCUAGGAGCCCUGUCCGCGUUUUAAUAAUUCCCCGCACUUUCGCCUGCUGCAAAUUUUUAAUUUUUUUUGGAAUAAUCUUUUACCCAAUUCUUUACCAAAUUCCGCUACAAAUCCAGCUCAUUCAUUGGGGAAUGUUCUUCUAAUCCAUUCCCCAAUCCAAUCCAAUCCAACACCUCCAUAUUUUUAUCGAAGUUAGCAUCUUUUUUUUAUUUUCAAAACCCAGAUUUUAGUUUUUUUUGUUUCUGAAUUAAGGAUUACAACUCACAUCUUAUUAGGAUUGGUGGACAGAUAGAUACUGUUUAGUCCCGGUGGUUUCACACCUUUGAUAAAAAAAUAAAAAAAAAAAGAGAAGAAAAUAAUGGGGUGUGCGACAUCAAAGCCAAAAGUAUGCCAGAAAUGCCACGAAUCUUACUCGCCGGUGCGCCGGAGUUAUUCAUUGCACGCGUACCACCCGCCGGAGAAGGAUGGGGAUAGCUAUCAUCUGGUGGCGCUGACAUCCUCCACAUUGGGGUCAUUAAAGCUUGAUUUGUUGGAUCAUAAGAAUUAUCAUCCAAUCAAAGAAGAAAAAGGAGACAGGGGAGAUGAACAACAACACAGAGGAGGCCAUCAUCAUCAUAACCUUGCUGAUGUAAAAUUAAGGAAAGAAGAAUUUGCAAUGGGCGUGGUUGAGGCCAAGAGUUGGUCCAGAAUGAUCGAUGAAAAGAUCCCGAAAAUUGUUCCCAGAACGCCGGUCAGAACGCCUCCAGGUGAGCCUGAAACUAUCAAUGCUUGGGAAUUAAUGGAAGGGCUUGAAGAUACUAGUCCUUUAAAGCCUCCUCCUUUUCAUCAUAUUCGCAGCUUUUCUUUUCAUCUGGGUUCCGAUCAGAUGGGCCAUUUCACCGCCGAUGAUCAGCCGACACCCAGAGUUCAAGAAAACGGCGAAUCAACUACUACAUUGCAGAAGCCAAUUUGGUUAGACUUGGCCGAAAAUGAAUCCAAUUGUAAUUCCAAUGACACAUCCAUUGUUUCCGAAUUCGAUCCUGAAGUUAUUUCCACGUUUAGGAAAGCACUCGAGGAGCUUCCUCCGGCGAACCCUUUUCAUCUCAAGCCGUUGGCCGGCGAAAAUGGGCAGGCUUUGGUCGGCAAAGGUCCCGCCUUGGAAGCACCGGAGGAUCAUCUUGUAGAUGUAGAAAAUAAGGAAGUGAAAGGCUCGGCAGCAGAUACGACAAGAGGAAAAGACAGAUUAAUCGUGUAUUUUACAAGCCUCAGGGGAGUUAGAAAAACCUACGAGGAUUGCUGUUCUGUUAGAGUAAUCUUAAAAGGGUUAGGCGUUAAGGUUGAUGAAAGGGAUGUAUCAAUGCAUUCAGGAUUCAAGGAAGAAUUGAAAGAAUUAUUAGGUGAAGGUUGGCCUAGUAGUAAAGGUGGAUUACCAAAGGUGUUCAUCGGGAAGAAAUUCUUAGGUGGGGUGGACGAGAUCAAGAAAUUGAACGAGGAUGGACAGCUUGAGAAGGUUGUUGAAGGCUGUGAAGCGGUGGAUGACGGCGGCGGUGGCGGCGGCGGCGGCGUCGGAAAUGUUGUUAGUCCAUGUCAGGCAUGUGGGGACGUUAGGUUUGUGCCUUGUGAAACGUGUUCCGGGAGUUGUAAAGUAUACUAUGAAGGUGAUUAUGACAAUGACGACGAUGAACAAGAGUGUGAGGAUGCUGAAUUUGGUUUCCAAAGAUGCCCGGAUUGCAAUGAAAAUGGCCUAAUUAGAUGUCCAAUUUGUUGUGAUUAAAACUUUGAUCAAUGGUUUUUGUUUUGCUUCUUGUUAUGUUUGUUGUACAGUGAGAAAGAAUUGAAUGAUUAGUACAGUUUUAAGAAAAGGUUAUUUUUCUUGAUAGAUUGUUACUCAAAAAAGAAAUGGUGAUUUUUUUUGUUUUCCAGAUUGUGUUUUUGAGUUAUUGAGAUGAUGAUGCACUUUCCAACUCCACUACUACACAUGUGUGGGUGUAUGUGAUGAGUGCCAGUUAAAAUGCGAGAACCUAAUUUGUAUUCUUUUCUUGCUCC